GAUAGGACAAAAUCGAUUGUAGAGCAAUAAAUCGGUACAUUUAAAUAUUUAAAUAGUGCUCUGUAUUGUGUAUUGUACUUGUUAAACACAGUACAUUGUAACAAGAAUUCAGUUAAAUACUUUUAAACAAUUUUAACUAUGAGACGGAUAUGCACAAAGGCGGAAUUUCAACGGGAGCUAGAAGAUGCUGGAGACCGGCUUGUUGCCGUUGAUUUCACUGCUGAUUGGUGUACAAAAAAUGAUCAUGUGACGAAAAGACUCAACAACGUCAUGUAUCAGCCGGAAUUCUCAGAAGUCGUUUUUCUCCAGGUAGACGUUGAUGAUAAUGAGGACACACCUGCAUUCUGCAAAGUUGACUUUCUCCCGACAGUCCAGUUUUACAGAUAUGGACAAAAGGUUUCAGAGAUAUAUGAAGAUACCAUAGACAACCUUACAUCUGUUUUGCGGCUUCACAGAUAACGUAAAUGAUCGUUACUUCGUCCACAAGCUGAGUGGACAAUAGACAUGAGCAACGAUUUGUUCAGUUUUGAUCAUAGUCGUGAUCAUUCAAAGAACUUGUGUACUUCAACGGUUUUUUAUUUGUUGAUUUGUUGAUUGAAAUCUGUAUUGUUUGUAAAAGUAAGUGCGUUUUAUUUUACGACUGAAAGCAUGUUUGAUAACAACCAAUUUGUAUAAUAUAUAUCUAAUUAAACCGGGUUCAUAAUUAUA